UUAGGCAAGAAAACUAAGAACUGAAGCAAGCAGCAAGCCAAAAAGUCAGAGUACCCAUUUCUCAUUCAAUCCUUCCCUCCCCAACUCCCUCUCUUCCACCGCCAUUAUUGCUUCCAUCACCCUUCUUCUUCCUUUUCCCCUUUGCUUUUGUAGCCCACGAGACGCUUUCUAGCCACCCUAUUCCUUUUACUUCACAUGUAUUUCUGUUUCUACGGCUUUGCAUCUCUCUGAAACGCUAGCGCGCAAUGGCUACAAGCAAAUGGAAGAAGGUGAAAAUGGCUCUUGGAAAUGGUAUGUGUCUUCAUGUUCCUCGUGUUGCUGGGGAUUCGAUGCCGUCGAAUUCGCUUGCCCCCAGAUCCUCUGAAUCUGUUUCUCCAAUGGGUCGGAGUUUAAAUUGCCGCCAAUCCACGCCGACCCGCCAAUCCAAUGGGUCGAGAUCUUCGAAGAGGUGUGCAAUAUGCUUGACCACCAUGAAAGCAGGGAAUGGGGCUGCUAUCUUCACUGCAGAGUGCGCUCACUCUUUCCACUUCCAAUGCAUUACCUCAAAUGUAAAGCAUGGGAACCAAGUUUGCCCCAUUUGCAGAGCGAAGUGGAAAGAAAUCCCUUUCCAGAAUACCAAUUCUGAUUGUUCUAGGCCGAGAACCAACUCGGUUCGGUUCGCCCCAGACGAUCCAUGGAUGACCAUCGUUCAACGGAUGCCUCCUCCACGCACCAAUACAACUAGGCAGAUCGCCUCGCUUUUUCAUGUCCCUGAACCAGCAUCUUAUGAUGAUGAUGAAGUUUUGGAUCUACAACCUCAUGCCACCGAGAGAAACACAUCAAAUGAUGCUGCUAGUGUUCAUGGCUGCACUGAUAAAUUAGAGGUCAAAACGUACCCGGAAGUUUCAGCUGUUCCAAGAUCAGUUUCUCAUGAUCACUUCUCUGUGCUAGUCCAUGUCAAGGCUCCUCUCUCCAUUGCAACACAAAAUUACUCCAGAAUUCAGGCUGCAUUGCCUUCGUUGAAUCAACCUUCUCGUGCACCGGUUGACCUUGUAACGGUGCUUGAUGUUAGCGGCAGUAUGGCAGGUACUAAGCUUGGCCUGCUCAAACGUGCUAUGGGGUUUGUGAUCCAGAAUCUUGGCCCUUCCGAUCGACUUUCCGUCAUAUCAUUCUCCUCAACCGCUCGUCGCCUUUUCCCGCUUUGUCGAAUGACCGACUCUGGACGACAGCAGGCAUUGCAAGCUGUUAAUGCUCUAACAUCAAAUGGUGGGACAAACAUUGCUGAAGGCUUGAGGAAAGGUGCCAAGGUAUUGGUAGACCGCAAGUUGAAGAACCCUGUUGCUAGUAUUAUACUGCUGUCUGAUGGACAGGAUACAUAUACUUUUAAUGGUCCAAGCAGUGCUCGUCCUCAAAUAGGUUAUCAGUCCCUCCUCCCAGUUUCAAUCAAUCGCGAUAACCAAUCUGAAUUGCAGCAGAUUCCGGUGCAUACGUUCGGGUUCGGCGCUGACCACGACGCUGUGACGAUGCACACGAUAUCUGAUGCAUCUGGUGGCACAUUUUCGUUCAUAGAAACCGAAAUCACGAUCCAGGAUGCAUUCGCUCAGUGCAUUGGUGGCCUCUUGAGCGUGGUGGUGCAGGAUUUGCAAGUUGAAGUUAGAUGCAUUCACCCAAGUCUGCAGCUUGGUUCAAUAAAAGCAGGAAGUUACCAAGCCAGCAUCACAGAACGUGCAAGAUUAGGCUCCAUCUACUUCGGAGACUUGUAUGCUGAAGAAGAGAGGGACUUUCUGGUGACUCUCAACGUUCCAGUUCAUGAGUUCGGAGGUGACAUGCCAUUGCUAAAGGUUAAAAGCGUUUACAAGCACCCCAUCACCAAGGAGACGAUCACUUUGGCUGAUGAAUGUGAGGUUCAAAUUCAGAGGCCAGACAGAGUAGUAGGCGAACAAGUAGUGUCAUUGCAAGUAGACAGGCAACGAAAUAGAUUUCGAGCGGCGGAGGCGAUGUCGGAGGCCCGAGUUGCUGCCGAGCGAGGUGAUUUAUCCGGUGCAGUGUCUAUGUUGGACAAUUGUAACAGAAUAGUGUCUGAAUCAGCAUCUGCUAGAGCUGGUGACCAAUUAUGUGCCUCUCUUUGCGCUGAACUGAAGGAAAUGCAAGAGAGAAUGGCGAGUCGUCGUAUCUACGAGGCGUCUGGAAGAGCUUACGUGCUGUCGGGAUUGAGCUCGCAUUCAUGGCAAAGAGCAACCGCAAGAGGGAAUUCAGUAGACAUGGGAAGCGCAGUGCAAAGUUAUCAAACGCCAUCAAUGAUGGAUAUGGUGUCUCGUUCUCAGACACUGAUAUUAGGGGCGCCCCCGUCUCAAAGAACACUUCGUCCCGCUCAUUCCUUCCCAGUCAGAUCACCACAGCCACUGCCGUCGCCGCCGCCGCCGCCCCCAGGGUAACAUGUAGUGACUGAUAAGCAGAAGCUGUAUUGAAGCUCAAAUGGCCCUGCAAUUCCAAUGUUUGAUUGAUCUGUUCAUCAUGGUUCUAAGUAGAUUACUAUUAUUUGAUUUAUUUGAUUUGAUUUGAUAGAACCCUUUUGAUUCACAUGGGCGGGGAAUGUUAUUUGACUCUGAAAAGAAAGCGAAAGCCAUGGCAGGGUGACGCUGCGUUACAGGAGCCUUCCUAUAUAAAA